AUGCUGCUCACCCUCCUGCUGCUCGGCCUCCUGGGCCCCGCCACCGCCAGCCCCACCACCGCGGCCCGGCAGCGUUCCGAGGGCUCCCCUGGGCGGGGCCGGCCCCUGCAGGCGGAGACGUCUGCUGCACACAGGGACCCUUCCCAGGAGCCGGCCGAGCGCAAGUCCACCUUCAUCCGAGGGCUGUCGUCCCACCUGGCCUGUGACGUGUGCAUGAUGGUGGCCCACAGGGCGCAGGGAGGGCUCCGUGGAGACAACACCGAGGAAGACAUCAGGAGCACCCUGGGGACCACGUGCCGCCGCCUGCCCCAGCUCCUGCGGCCCGAGUGCGGCUCCCUGCUGGAGGACCACGGUGCUGACCUGGUGCGCCUGGUGCCCAAGGACUCCCCGGAGGAGGCGUGCCGUGCCGUGGAGGUGUGCCCAGCCCGGAGGGUGCGCCGGUCCCCAGCCUCCCUGCUCCCCAGCAUGCCUGUGGCACUGCUGGGCGACGAGGACCAGGGCAGCUUCUGUAGUGGCUGUAAAAGGCUGCUCUACAUGUCGGCCAGCAACCUGCAGAGCAAGGCCACCAAGCGGGACAUCCUGGUGGCCCUCAAGGGCGGCUGCAGGAUCCUGCCCCUGCCCUACAGCGUGCGGUGCAGCCGCUUCCUCACGGAGUACGAACCUGUGCUCGUCGCGAGCCUCGUGACCAUGAUGGAGCCCGACGCCCUCUGCAGGAAGGUGGGGGCCUGCCACGGCGCCCACAGCCAGCUGCUGGGCACCGACCGGUGCGUCGGCGGCCCCAGCUUCUGGUGCAGCAGCCUGGAGAGCGCCCAGCUGUGCGGCGCCGAGGAGCACUGCCGGCGCCACAUGUGGAAGGACGAGUACGAGUGA